AGAGUAGGAGUAGAUGAUAGACAGAGGAAGAGUGCAAGUGAACGCUAGAGUAAAGGAGUAAAUGAGAGAGUGGAGGUGGAAGCUGGAUAGAGUGAAUAAGAGAAAGGAGGAAAGGAGAGUUUGCAAGAGAGUAAUUAAGAGAGCGAAAGUAGAGAAGUGAAAACAGAGAGAUAGUAAGGGAGAAAGAGAGAUAAGGCCAUAUCGAAUUGUCUGUAAGGAGUGUCGUAACUUUCUGACAUGUCGAAACUAUUCUUUCAUCUAACAAUGGUCUUAGUACAACAAUUACAACAACAACAGGGCCCUUUGUUUUGUGUAUAUUUAUAGAGAAGAUUUUGCACGUCAAACGUUCAUUUAAGUGAUAUCAGGUUCGUGGGCAAAGGCAGCCAACAGGUUAUCAUCUUUGAUCAUCACGAACAGCUGAAGAACAGUCACGCCGCCGAGUGAUUUAUUGAGACUUAAGUAUUAUAUAAGGAGAAGAAUCAAGAUUUAGAAAGAAUUCUACCAGGCAUACAUUGCAUUGAAAGUCACGCUAUUGGAUCACGUCACUACACGUUUAUCUAUAACAUAAAAUCCAAGCAGACGACAGGACAUCGGCCAUCACAGAGAUCGUCCCUUUUUUAUACAGAUAUUGUUGAAUAUUAAUCUUGAAUUUUCGAAGAAAGAAAAUAACGAAAGUUUUAGAAGUCGUUGAUUUAUGGUUAAGAGUUGAAAACCCCGUUCAAAGGUUUACAAAUAUUUUUUUCUGGAACACAUCUUCCUGCAAAAAUAAGACGAGGCAGACGACUAUAAAAUCGGCUAUCAUCGCCAGAGACAUAUUCCACGUUUGAAGCCUUAAGUUUUGAAGAACAACAACUGAACGAAUAUAUAUGGUUGAAAGACCCGCCACACACACAGAAGAAAUCUUCUCAUUGAAUAGCAGUCGACACUUACGCCUGACAUUAACAACAAAACACUUCGUUUGUUUUGUUGCUAUCGUGUUAACGUCCGUGCAUGUCAGGAUUCCAAUAACAAACUCAUAUUUCCGUUGUGUUUUGAGUGAAAUAAGAGAUAACAGUGUUUUAUCGACGGUUACAUAUCUUGUUUUCGUCAUUUCUUACAAAAGGGACGCCAAUCCUUUUGAUAAUUAUCGUGACAAGUGCGUGUUAAAUAGAGACACUCAAACACGCGACAGCGCUCUAAAAAGUGUUUUAAAGACUCGAAGCAUCUCUUCUAAGUUAAAUAAUUUCUUGUUGAAGACUGACUCAUUCUAAACUCAUCUUCGUACUUUCAACCUUUUCCUUGUAAAAGUUUGAUCAUAUAUAUUGACAUUAUAUUAUAAACAGUUAAGUACAACAUGUCUUCGUCGAUUCCAUUGAAAGAGUUCGCCGAGGUCUGGAGCAGUGCAGCAAAUCUUUACGACAAGGGUAAAUUCCUUGAAGCUGCCCAACAAUUUGAGACGGUUGCAGCUGAUAGCACAGCCAAAAUUUCUUAUAAUCUAGGCUGUAUCUACAUGAAACUGAAACAAUAUGAGACGUCCUUAGAGAACUUUCAAAAAGCAGUGACCAAGGAUACACAUUUUGUUGCAGCUUAUGUGCAGAUGGCUGCAAUUUACUUGGAAUAUAACAUUUGUGAUGCUGCAAUCAAGUGUUACGAAGUAGCUAUACAUUUGAUGGGUAACAAGAAAUAUAUCAACUACCGACCUCUGGGAUUGAACCUGAUUUUAUAUUUGACAGAGGCUCUCCACAACCAAGCCGUUGCUGAAUCCAAAGCUGACAACUGGAAACAAGUAGAGAUCUUAAUAAACAUGGCCAUCAGAGCUCAACAGGAGGACAAAUUUAACAACAAACUUAAAAUAUCUUUACAGGCCGUCCAGCAAAAACAGCAUCUCCAACAGUUUAACAUUGGAACUGGAAUCUUCCAUCCACCCAAAUGGAUGAUAGAAAGUACAAAGAACGUCAACUACCUGGGAGAUUCCAAGGUUAUUUCGACCAACAACAAUCCCUUCUCCAUGAAUGAAACCAAUUCAAGAAGCAAGCCAGCAAACGACGAGUUAUGGCCCAAUCUCAAGGAACAAGAAACAGGGCAAAAGAAACAAAUGAAAACCGUGAUUGAAUUGCUAACAACCAUAACGUUAGAUACAGCAAUGAAAACUGUUAUGGCGAAACAGAUAGAGAGCAAUCUUGGCACAGACGGUAAACCGCAACGGCCACCAAGACCACAAUCUAAAUCACCACCAAUACGACCUCCUCUUCCACCAAGACUUUCCGGGAUCCGUAAACUUCCUCAACUACCAACUAAAAAUGACCUGGAAUCUCAAGACAAUACAAAAGCACCCCAAGCUGAAUACAAGGAAGUUGGUCGAACUGUGUUUGUGAAAUACAGCCUACUGAGCAGCAACCCUAAUGUAUUGACAGUCAGGGAAGGCGAUAAAAUUGUAGUAAAAGCAUUAGGAGCUGACUGGUUUCAUGGCUGUUUGAAGAAUAAAAUUGGUCUGGUACCUUGGAACUGUAUUCACCAACGUUGACACCUUAAUAAAGACACUUUUCCUAAGUGACACAUAUCCACUCUGCUGUCUACACAGACAGACCAACACACACACAGCCCGCUCUGUGUUACACAAAUACAUUUAUUCAGGAAGAGACAAAAGUCUCAAUUUUGAAAAAAACAACAACUUUUAUUUGGCUGAUUAAAUAUGAUCACAUUCUACAAUAAUUGUUAAAUUUGGGUGCAGGGAAGGGAGGAGGAGGAGGAGGUAACAAAGCAAGGUACCUCACAAUAAGUUAUGUUUCACAUUAAAAGACUAAGUACAACAAUGUACUACACGUGAUUACAUAGUGUACAGCAAUGAACCUCACAUAAGAUUGUGUGGUACCGUGCAAUGUACCUCUUACAUGAUUAAACUAUUAAACAGCAGUGUACUUCUCACAUGAUUGAACAGGAAUGUACCCUCAAACAAACUGUUUCAAACAAUAAAGGAGGUAGUUGGGGGGGGGGUGAAGAAAUACCUGAGUCAAGGGAAACAACUCUUUUGACCGUUUACAACCGUUACCAUAGUUACAAGCCUGCGUGUUGGUUGAGCUAUGUGUAGUUCAAUACCGAAACAAGAAUCGAGUAUAAGUGAGUAUGUUGUAGCAUCGUGAUGUUGUGCCUAUCAUUCAUUGCCAUCACAGCGGAUAUUUGUCACUAGAAGCCGACUGAAACACUCAGAUUUCAGACAUCCUCCUCCUCCUCGUUAACUGGCCAAUAUUAAAAUCACGACACUAUUUGGAAUUGAACCUGAACCUUAUGGCAGUGUUGGCCGCAGGAAGGAUUCAGUCAUGUCGCCAUAGACAUUGCGGUAAGAGGUCUUCAGGAACUGGACGUAAUUCUGCAAACUUCGAUUUGUGCUUUGUGACUGUUCCAGACGGUCCUUCAGGUCGUGCAGCCGAGAAUUACAUCUGCGAUCGUUCUGAAACAAAGUAAAAAAAAAAGAUGUGGCAUUAGACGAGGUCCAGGUGUGACAGGUAACCAGCCCCUCUAACUACACACGCUCUCUGACCUCACCAUCCUCUCUCCAAUUAAAGCUAACCAAUUACACCUGUAACUAUGCCCCCCCCCACCUUGCUUGUUAUCAUUCUACAACUUCCACACAAUCUCUCUCUCUCUCUGACUGAUGUAGGUAAUACCCAGUUUUAAUAUCAGGUAGAUGGCACUGGGUAGUUGGUCCUUCACUUGUUAGAAAAGAAAAUAGAUCGAUGAAAUAAAGUUUGAUCUGAGGAAGAGACUAGUUUCAUUUCCCUUGUUUCUGGGUCUCUCGAUUACAAACACACUGACAUCCUGAACUUGGCAAUAUAUACCCCAAUAUACAUACACACUAAACAUAUUCACUACUGCAUACAAGCACCCUAUGACAAUAGUCAAACAUACUCUAUUGUACAUACAAGCACACAAACACUCCAUUAGUUGGAGGGGGGGGGGGAGAGCUAAUUUAUAAGAGAUGUUGGUCUUACCUCAUCCUUCUCCCUCUUCACUCUGUUCACCUCAGUUUUCACUUGAUUCACUUGACAUUCAAGAUCCAAGAUUUUCUGUUGAGAUAAUCUUUCCUGAAAUUAAGAGAAAAAAAACAAAAGAAAAAACAUUAUUUAGCAAAAGAACAGCCACCCUUCCCUGUUCCCUCACACUCUCUCUUCUGCCACUGCAACUACUGGGGCUGCUGUUUGGUGUUGCAUCACCCACUAACUUAAUUCCUCCCCUUUACCCUUCACACAGCUCCCUCCUUUUCACACCUCCUGCAAUAAGACCAGGACAAUGCAGUCCCCGUCAACUAUCACUGCACAGUCUCUCCCUGUCUCUCACUCACGCAUAAACAACAACUACAAUCUUCACAGUAUUUCAGGGUCUUUCUUGGUAACCGCCAUGGCAACCCGAGGGGACACACAGCACCCGACCCAUCUCCAUAGCAAUCUGCGUUCAUGUGCAAAGGAUGAGUCCUUGAGUCCCUCUGAUCAUGCAAUCGUAAGGAUUUCAGUACUCCCCCCCCUACCCCCCACACAUCAAAAAGUAGACUCACCUUUGACAUGACCCGGUCAUGGAAGCUGCUCGAUUGCUGCUUCAGAUCCUGCAGGGCGUUUUCUAGCUGAUGAGUCAGGCUCAUCGUUUCCUGAGUUUUCUCUUCCAGUCGGACCUGCAAACACAACAGUGUAUAUAUGUGUAUAUAUGUAUAUAUAAUUGGCUCUCCGUUGCUGAUGAUGAUGAUGAGUGUUCCUGUUCAUUUGAUCAACAGAACAGCCAGCUUGUGAAAUUAGCAUGCAAUUGGCUGAGUACUCCACAGACUCAGAAUGUGACAAGGCUGGCCCCUUGAAUUACAGGUACAACUCAUUUUUCCAGCUGAGUGGAUGGGAGCAUUGUGGUAUAAAGCAUCUUGCCCAAAGACACAACACAUUUAAUCCUGGUUGGUUUUCAUAUUUCUCCUGUCGCAAUCAUUUUCAUUAUUUGUUACAAACACCACCAAUCUGUGGCAAGACCUUAACAUUACACCCCCCACACACACCCAUGUCUACCUUUUAUCAGUCUUGAUUCUAAGGUUACUGCCUUCUUAAACAUGGUUGCCUACAUCCACCCGGUAGUUUAUGGAGGCCACAUCUUCUCCAUUUGUUUCGUAGCAUGAACGUUUUCUUACCAAUGUCCUUUGUAUUUGCAAUAACUUUACUGUGUGCACAAUAUAUAUAUAUAUAUAUAUAUAUAUAUAUGUAUAUUGGCUAAAAUCUGUACAGCGUAUAUUCUGUGUAUGCGCAUGCAUAUAUAUAUAUUAUAUAAAACGUAUGUAUAUAAUCUGUAUAGUCUAUUUAAUAAAUAUUACAUUGCUUGA